CCCCCACUUUCUCAUCCCACGAACGAAUCCCAACCCCGAGUUCCGACGAGCGGAUCUGUUCCUUCCGCCGUCGACGAUGGCCUCUCCCAACUCCGGCGGCAUCACCAUCAAGGCCGAACAGGACUCGGACGGCUCGGCCCAGAGCACUGCUGACAUGACCGCUUUCGUGCAAAAUCUUCUAGUUCAGAUGCAAACCAGGUUCCAAGCUAUGUCGGAGAACAUCAUCUCAAAGAUAGACGACAUGGGUGCAAGAAUCGAUGAGCUGGAGCUGAGCAUCAAUGACCUCAAGGCCGAGAUGGGCAGUGAUGGUAUGAGCCCUACCAAGGCGAAGGACGAAGAAUCAAAGCCAGCAGGCAGCUCUGCCUGAGUGAAGCAGACUUGGCACUUUGUAUGAGUCAUGGUCAUAUGUUGAUAUCUCCAGGCAUUCAUCUCUAACAAAGAUAUUAUAUGCAUAAUGGUGUGCAUUUGAGAAAUACAGUAGCUGUCAUGACAGUUAUCUCUUGGCUCGUGAUGUUUGUGAGUGAUUUACUAGAACUGGUUCUGUCCCCACCUUCCUGUGUCCAAUUCCACUCGCCAGUGUUCAGGAUUGUACUCCAACUCCGGUUAAGAAACAUUUCCGAAA